UUUAUGGACAGAAAUGAGUCGCCGGAUGUCGCCGCUAGCCAUGCGACUUGAUGGUUCUGGGCCGUCAGCACGUCUCCUUGGUUCUUGCUGCUCUACUCGCGGCGCUGCUUCUCAGUUCCCGAUCGGACAGUCUGCGAGGUCCCUUAAAGCCUGCAGUGCCUGCGCUACAAGUGCCGCCUGCGCCAGCUGCGCCAGCUGCUGCGCCAACUUCGGUGCCUGCGCCAGCUGCGAUGGCUGCGGUGUUUGAGCCACCUGCGCCAACUUCAGUGCCUGAACCUGCUGCGCCGGUUGCGGUGCCUGCGCCAGCUGCGAUGGCUGCGGUGUUUGAGCCACCUGCGCCAACUUCGGUGCCUAAACCUGCUGCGCCGGUUGCGGUGCCUGCGCCAGCUGCGAUGGCUGCGGUGUUUGAGCCACCUGCGCCAACUUCGGUGCCUGAACCAGCUGCACCGGUUGCGGCGCCUGCGCCAGCUGCGAUGGCUGCGGUGUUCGAGCCACCUGCGCCAACUUCGGUGCCUGAACCAGCUGCGCCGGUUGCGGUGCCUGCGCCAGCUGCGCCGGCUGCGGUGUUCGAGCCACCUGCGCCAACUUCGGUGCCUGAACCAGCUGCGCCAGUUGCGGUGCCUGUGCCAGCUGCGAUGGCUGCGGUGUUUGAGCCACCUGCGCCAUCUUCGGCGCCUGAACCAGCUGCGCCGGUUGCGGUGCCUGCGCCAGCUGCGCCGGCUGCGGUGUUUGAGCCACCUGCCCCAACUUCGGUGCCUGAACCAGCUGCGCCAGUGGCGUUACCUGCGCCAGCUGCGCCAGCUGCGGUGUUCGAGCCAGCUGCGCCAACUUCAGUGCCUGAACCAGCUGGGCCGGCUGUGGUGCCCGAGCCACCUGCAUUGGCUGCGGUUCCUGCUCCACCUGUGCCAGUUUUGCCGCCGAAGGCGAGGCGCUGCGGCGCAGAGUUCAUGACGCCGCCCUGUGACAUGUUCAGCUUCAUGGACCACGACAUGAAGAAGUGGGGGGAGAAGAGCAUCCGCAGUAGCCAGGUGAGGCUCAACACAAUGAAGGGCAGGAAGGAAGCUAUGGUCGGCAGCUUUAACAAUAUGCUCUACCUGGUCUACCAGAGGAAUGUGCGAUCGGAGCUCGAUAUUGGCCCGUUCAAGCAGACCCUGCGCUUCCUCAGCGUCAUCGUGCAGUCGGCUGCGCUGGACACGGAGUUCGUGGUCGACUCCUCCGAUGUGCCGCAGGUGGAGCGCCCGGGCCGGCGCAGGCUCGGCGGCUGCGGCGGGCGGCGCUGCGUCUUCUCCACAAGCAGUGGGCCCCGGUUCUGCGACAUCGCGAUGGGCCCUGGGGUGCGCCCGUCCAUCCACUUGCCCACAGAGCCUGGCGUGACCGACGUGCCCUACCGCUCCAAGCAGAACUUGGGCUUCUGGCGCGGUGCCGUUUGGCCGGCAGGGCGUUGUGGGGACUGGCGCAGAAGCCCGCGGGUGCUCAUGUGCCAAGCGAGUCAGAAGCACCCCGACGUCUUGAACGCCUCACUAGGGAGCCUGGAGUGCGGGCCAAACGAGCCCAGUGAGCUCUGCGAGCUGAUCCGCACCUGGCGCCCGCACCGCGUGAACUUCAGCGAGCAGUUCCAGUACCGCUUCCUCCUCACUUCAACACCCAAGUGUACGUACACUGGGCGCGCGACUCCCUUCCUAUCCUCGACCUCCGUUGUGGCCAUGUUUUCCAACGGCGAGGAGGCGGUCGGGCAGGUGCUGCAUGGAGCCUUUGAGGAGGACGUGCACUUCAAGUACGUGCAUGCCGGCCGCUUCGUGGAGGAGCUGCGGCAGAUGCAGCGGGACUGGGAGCCGCUGGAGGCGCUGAGCGUCAACGCGCGCAAGCGCUGGGCCUGGGCCACCGACCGCGACACGCUCCACUGCUACCUGUACGGGCUUAUGACGCGCUACGCACAGAAGCUCGACUAUGUGCCAUCCGUGAAUGGUACCAUCCAGGCGCUGCUGCGCGCGAGCGUCCCCGCAGAGGGCCAGCCCUGGCACCCCGGGGCUGAGCUUCGCGCUGCAGGCGACUUUCUUCUGGAGUCCUGGCCACUGCCCAAGGCUACGGCCCGGGACUGGGCGAAAGAAUGCGCCGCCGUACGCGCCCGGAUGCCUUGAGGCUAGGACUUGAGGCCUCGGAUCUGCAAAGUGAUCAAGCAACACAUAGCUCAAACGGGGGGUCCUUUUAAGGAUUCGGACCCCCAAACGUGUUGGU